AUGGCCCCGUCAAUUUUUUCUCCCAUUUUUACAUGUACUAUAUUUUAUUUUUUCUUGAUUAUUUUGUUAUUAACACAAACCAAACAAGCUUCUUGUUCAUGCUUCAAAUCCAUAAUUGGGUUCGGUGAUUCAAUAGCUGAUACCGGAAACCUGCAGCACCUAUAUCAAUCGGACCCUCCCCUCUUUUUUCAGGUGCCGCCGUAUGGUGAAACAUUCUUCCAUCGUCCCACCGGAAGAUGCUCCGACGGGCGCCUCAUUAUCGACUUCAUUGCUGAAUAUUUGGGGCUUCCUUUGGUGCCGCCGUUUUAUGGUGGGAAGAAUUUAAGCGGCGGAAGUAGCGUGAAUUUUGCGGCGGCGUCGGCAAAUGCGCUGCCGGACUCCUUUUUUAUUAGCAAAGGCAUCCAAGUGCGUAAUGCAAAUAUUUCUCUCUCCGAUCAGUUGCGUUGGUUUAAGGAAUUAUUUUUGCCAAAAUUCUAUCGCAAACAUUCAGAUCGUAAGAGAUUUAUGGAGGCGUCAUUAGUGAUAGUGGGAGAGAUAGGAGGCAACGACUAUAAUCAUGCUUUACUUGACGGAGAGAGCAUGGAAUCGGUUGAAACGUUCCUUCCUCUCGUUGUUGGUGUCAUCACUUCUACAAUCAAUGAACUGACUAAACUUGGAGCAGUGACACUAUUGGUCCCAGGCAACUUCCCUAUUGGAUGCUCAGCCACAUAUCUCACACAGUUCAAAAGCUCAAACCAAAAUGAUUACGAUCCUAAAACCGGUUGUAUUAAUUGGUUAAACGAGUUUGCUACUCGCCACAAUAACCUACUUCAAUCCGAACUUAACCGCAUCCAAAAAGAGAAUCCCACCACUAAAAUUAUCUACGCGGAUUAUUACAAUGCUGCAAUGCGCUUCUAUCGCUCCCCGCUCGAAUUUGGGUUUACAAAAGGAGGGCUUGCAACUUGUUGCGGAGGGUGCGGACCUUAUAAUGUGGACCCGUUGCUACGCGGGAAUCAAGCUUGUGAGAAUCCAUCUGAAUAUGUGGGUUGGGAUGGCUUGCACUUGACGGAAGCUGCAUACAAAGUGGUGGCAAUGGGUUUGAUCAAAGAAUCUUACACGAUUCCUCGAAUCAAUUGUUCAUGGGUUUUGUCUUCUGUCAACCUUUCCGACCAAUAAUAAUUAUAAAUAUAGGGUUCAUGGUGCCCGUUGGAAGUAUAUUUGUACAUCAAUUAACUGAAGGAUUCAGUAGUGUUCCUCAUUAUAUGUAACUGGAAAGAAGUAAAGAUGAGUAGAUGACCACUUCCAAAUGGAGUCUAUCAAAGAAAGAGAACAAAUUGAGCAUAUAAUUAGUGAUGGGGAGACUGGUGGAAUUAAGUACAACUACCCAUCCUUUAAUGGAGGCAAUAUAUGGUGUCUCCUAUUGUUGGAGCUAGAUCUGCAGCGAUUUCAUUAUUGUUUAUCUUCUUAAUAAAACCAAUACAUGCAUGGGUCUUCAAUUAUUUAUCAACCUCGUUUAAUAGGACAGUUGCAUUGAGUAUAAAAAAUGAGUAGUACUAUAAAUGAUUGGAGAUCUCCAACCUUUUUGAAAA